AUGCCUCCGUGGCGCCCUCUGCUGGUGCUCUCCCUGCUCUGUUUCACCCAGAUGCCCGGUCUCGGUGAGGCCGGGUUCCGGGUCGGCAUCGUCGGACCCUGGAGCUGCGACCCCAUGUUCAGCCGCGCGCUCCCUCACGUGGCCGCGCAGCUCGCCGUGAACCGCAUCAACAAUGACGCACAACUGUCCUACGCACACACCUUUGAGUUUAGUGUGCUAGAGGAGCCGUGUGAAACGUCCCGAGGUCUGAAGGCGUUUCUGGGCUUCCACACAAAAGCGUCGGCCUUCACCGGACCAGCCAACCCCGGCUUCUGUGACGCUGCCUCCAUGAUCAGCAAAGGAUGGAACAAGGCCCUGUUCCCCUGGGGUUGUGUGGGCCUGGAGCUGGAUGACCACAGGAACCACCCCACGCUGUCCCGGUCCCAGCCGCGGCCGCCCUGGGUCCUGCUGCGGCUGCUGUCCUACUUCAGGUGGGCUCAUGUGGCUGUUCUGUCGUCCAGCGAGGAUCUGUGGGUCCACACUGCCACCAAGGUAGCAGACUCGCUGAGGUCACAUGGUCUGCCCGUCAGACUGGUCAGAUCUGUGGAGAACACGCCUCACAGCAUCAGGGAGAGUCUGAGCGCAAUCAAGAAGAGGAGAGAAGUGCGAGUGGUCCUCCUGUGCAUGCACUCCGCUCUGCUGGGCGCAGAGCUGCAGCGGCGGCUCCUGGAGUCAGCGUUGGACCUGCACAUGAUUGAUGGCUCCGUGGUGUUUGUGCCAUAUGACACGCUCCUCUACAGCCUCCCGUACCGCAACGUGACGCACGCCGCGCUCAAAUCCAACGCCAAGCUGCUGCGCGCCUACGACGCCGUGCUCACUGUCACCGUAGACUCGCCACAUCAGUCCUUCUACGAGGCCUACGCCUCGGCCAUGGAGAACGGGGAGGUGGCCCGCACUCUCCUCCCCCACCAGGUGAGAACUUUAUAA